AAUAUUAUUUUUGUGACAAAAACUAAAAAGAAUUAUACUAGGGAAUUUCUCAAAAUCUUUUACCAUUUAAUAAAAAAUGUAUUUUUCAAAAUAUCUUUUUAUUUAUGGUAAACAUGAAUAAUGGUACCAAGAAAAUGAUAAACAUGAAAAUUCCCGCAUUAAACUAUAUGUGUCAUAAUAAUCAACAUAACUAGAGACAAUUUGCAAGUAAUUAACAAUUAUGCUUGAAAAUUCUAUUUCAUCAAUAAACAUCACCUAAAUGAAAAGUUAAACAUUCUAGAUAAAAGAAACCUAGAAAAAAGCCAAAUCAAUGCAACAAAAAUGAAGUUAAUAAAAUAAAAUAUUAUAUUUUACAUACGUAUAAUUCAUAUUAUGUUGUAACCUAUUAGAUUUUGUUUUAGUAAAGUUAAUAUUGCACCGUCAAACAUAUAAAAAAUCGUUUCAAUCCUAAAACCACAUUUAACAACCGAUUUCAAAUUGAUGACAUAAACUUAGAAAGAUAUCUGUAAGUGUCUUGAGAACUUUUCUUACUAUACAUUUAUGAGUCCGUUUUUUAUUAAUGAUACACUUUUGAUUUGUAAAAAAAAAUUAGAUGAUUCAAGCCACAUACCCAAAUAAAACAAUAGCUCUAAAUUGACUAUACUAAAUAUAAAAUUAAAUAUAAUAUAAAUGCAACAAUUUAUAUAUAAGUAAAAAUGGUAAAUAUUUCAAAAUACACAAUCCGCGCGAAGUGAAGAAAAGUCUCUAGUAUAUUUAAUAAUAACUAAGUUAGUUGGAGGAGAAAUAAUAGGAAAUUAAAUUAAUGUAUUAGUCCAACCUAGAUUAUUUGCAAGUAGAUAAAACGUUAUUAUAUCUUAAUAGUAUUGAUGAUUAUAUGUCCAUAUUUCUUUUACAAUCCUUUUGAAGCAGAUCAAUAUUGACUUUAUUAUUAUUAUUGAUAUUUUUUUUAUCACGAAAAUGCCUUUAUUAUUGAUAUUGAUUGAUGACAAUAACCAAAUGCUUUUAUUAUUGAUUGAUAAAAAUAUAAUUAAAAAAAAGGAAUAAGAAAACAAAUAAAGAGUGCAUUGAUAAUAUGCUCCAAAUCUCAAAUUUUGGUUUCCACGUUUUAGAUUUUGGAUUCCAAAGAAAAUUACUUUUCGCACAUCAAUCUGGAUUCCCAAAAUCUUCUACUUCAUGAUGUAACUUGUUAUUUUUCAUCCAUACCAAAAAACUUAGAUUUAUCUUAGAUCAUCAAAGAGAUUGACAAAAUGUUCUCCGGUCUGAAAAAUAAUUUUUUUAUUGUGGAUCCCUGAAACAUAUUUGAAACCAUAAUAAGAUUUUGAAGAUAGUAUAAUUAAAGUAGACUAUAAAAAAAUAUGUAAAAGUCACGUACAUGAACACAUAUGAAAUAUGUUUUUUAUGCUCUGAAGAUGUCUCAUUAUGUCAUGUGCCUAACUCCUUCCGAAAAUAAUAUGAUGAAUUGGUUAAAAGAAUUCAAUGCGGUGUUGAAACGUGAAUUUUCCUUUUCAUGAGUGAACUUUCCUUUUCAUGAGUUGGCCAUGUGUAUUGCAAUGACUUCAUAAAACAGGGUGCAUGAACCACUUUGGCAAUUUUUAAUUGUUUUGUCUCUCUGGAUAGGUUUUAUUUUCGUGAGAUUCGUGAGACAUGCGAUGUUCGUGAGAUUUGUGAGACAUGCGCUUAUAUAAGAUGUAAUAACAAGUUGAUAUUAGGGUUGUUUUGGUACGAUGGUUUAUUAAUAGAUUUAAAUGGUUCAAUUAUAUAAUAAUGUCACCAAUUUAUAGUUAGAGUAAAAACCGGAUACAUAUAUAAGGUGAAAUAUUUGUCACGGGCUGUUAUAAUAUACAAGGAAAGAUCAAAAAAAAUAAUAAAAAGAAAGGGUGCAGUAACAUUUCAUAGAUAGAUUUUUUUGGACUAUUUUUCUUUUAUUAGUAUAGAUUAUGUUCAUAUAAAUGUAUAUUCUCAUUUGUAAAAUGACAAAAUUAACACAAUAAAUAGUAAAAAAAACUCUCAUCCUCAUGUUUUCUCUCUACUUUCCAUAGAUUUGAGUAAAAGUACUUAUUAAGUCAAAACAAAAACAAAAGAAAAUGAAGACAAAACACAAAAAAAAAUACGUAGAUAGUAUGAUAGGAGGAAUAAGAAUGAAAGUAACGAAAAAAGUAAAAUAAUAGAAAACUUGUUCUUUAUUAUUCCAUCCCGGAUUUGAUAAGAAAUAGUUUUAUUCUGUGCUUCCUUAAACUAAAAGGAAUGAGAAGAAACAUUAAAGAAAAAAUUCUUUAUAAAUAGUUUCAAAUCUAAGAAAUGAAAGACUUGACCAUUCCAUUCAUUCUUAUGAUCUGGACCUUAAACUAGUGUUAUCCAUUUACUGAUAAUUACGGAAACGGAUAAGAGUUGACCAAAAAAAAUUUCAACAAAUCUAGUAAGAAAAUCUAAAUAAGAGUUUGUACAUCAUACUUCUGGUAAGAGAUAAAAGGUGAAUUAAUAUGGAUAUCAACGAAUUGAUUAGUUGUUGACUCCGAUUGAUUAUAUAUAGCGAUAAAUAUUGAGGGAGAAAUAGAAGUACAAUUUUAAAAUGGAUACACGUCAAAUGCUGGUUAUAUUUUCUUAUGUGGUUCUCACGCAUAUGACCCUAGGAAACAUUGAUGAGUUCGAUUGUGUUGAUAUAUACAAACAACCCGCUUUUCAACAUCCAUUGUUGAAACACCACAAGAUUCCGGAAAAAUUCACUUCAAAUGAAAGUUUUGAUAGAAAAAAUAAAUAUAAAACAAAUGAUCAAAUUUGUCCAAAAGGAACCGUGGCAAUUUUAAGACAAAGAAGUGAAACUGAGAGCGUUCAUCUCGACACAAUCUAUCAAUUCGGCCACCAUUUUGCGUUGAUGGAUGCAUCUUCGUUUGAAACCAUCUAUCGAGGAGCACAAGCUGAUAUAAGUAUUCAUAACUUAACUUUACAAAAUAACCAAUACAGUAAAAGUCAAAUUUGGUUAGAGAAUGGACCUAUUGCCGAACUCAACAGCAUACAAGUUGGCUGGGCGGUACAUCCAAGAGUGUAUGGAGACAGUGCUACACGAUUGACUAUAUAUUGGACUGGAGAUGGCUAUAAAACUGGAUGCUAUAAUACAGAAUGUCCUGGAUUUAUUAUUAUUACUCGAAAACCCUCGAUUGGAAGCAUUUUUAAACAAUCCUCUGUGUAUGGUGACAAACCAGUAACUUUCACACCACAAGUUAUUCAGAGCUUUUUUGGAAACUGGGUACUGUACGUAGACGACGAAAUAAUUGGAUAUUGGCCCGGAGAGCUAUUUACACACUUGAACAAAGGAGCUUCUCGGGUGCGUUUUGGAGGAAACACAUUUAUGUCUCCAGAUGGGAUUAGUCCUCCAAUGGGAAAUGGUUAUGUUCCGAUCUAUGACUAUGAAAGGAGUUCGAGUUUUCUUCAAGUGAAACUUAUGAAUGAUAAGUAUCAGAGCAUCGAAGCUGAAACACAAAUGGGGGUUGCAGAUUCUAAGUGUUUUACACUAAUAAGUCGGGAUUACACCAAUGAGACUGGAAAUUCCUUUUCUUUUGGAGGACCAGGUGGAAGUUGUGGUGUUUGAUUAUUUUAUAUAUGUUCUGACCAAGACUAUCAAAUUUAUAAAAGAAAUAUGAACUGUUUUCAAUACUACAAAUCACUUUUAUGUUUCUUGUUUUAAAUGAGAGUCAGAACAAAACAAACAUGAGAAUAUUGAAGUUACAGAUAUAAUUGCACUUAAAAGAUGAAGAAGCAUCACAAAUGAAACAUAAAUAACAAAAAAAAAGAAA